ACGUGUCCGAACGGCAGUCGUUAUUAUGCCCCACGAUCCAACGGACCCAACUCGCUCUCUCCUCCCAGAACCUCUCUCUCUCUCUCUCUCUCUCUCUCUCUCUCUCUAUUCCCUUCGCCGGAGACGGAUAAUCUCGCCGGCGUUCGUCUCCGACGGAGACGUCGAUCAGCCUCGGGUUCCGAGCUGUGCGCCUUCCGCUCGCCGUGAUCGAGUCUACUUCGAGUCCUGCGAAGGCGUUCGCCGUCUGACUAUCGACGAAGAAGAAUGCUGUUCCUCUAUAGCAGCUCAGGCGGUCAUCCGAAUUCCGCAAACUGAAUUUCACCAUCGAAGGCUUGAUUGCUCGUGCAAGCGUUAUCUCUGCCAAUCGGUCGGCCGCUUCGGUCGGUGGCUUUUCGGCGGCCGGCGAACGGCAGUCUCCGGUGGAGCUCGCGCGGUAAUCGGAACCGGCGUCAUGGUGGAUUCGGACAACGAGUCGCCGCCGGGGGGAGGCCAUGGAUCGGGAGGGAACGGGGGCGGGGGCGAACUCUGGUCGCCGCGGGAGCAGGACAGGUUCCUCCCCAUCGCGAACGUGAGCAGGAUCAUGAAGAAGGCGCUGCCGGCGAACGCGAAGAUCUCCAAGGACGCGAAGGAGACGGUGCAGGAGUGCGUGUCGGAGUUCAUAAGCUUCGUGACGGGGGAGGCGUCGGACAAGUGCCAGAGGGAGAAGCGGAAGACGAUCAACGGCGACGACCUGCUGUGGGCGAUGACCACGCUGGGGUUCGAGGAGUACGUGGAGCCGCUCAAGGUGUAUCUGCAGAGGUUCAGGGAGUUGGAAGGCGAGAAGACGGCGGGGGUGCGAGAGAAGGACGGCGGAGCCUACGACAGUGAGAGUAGCGGCGGCGGCGGCGGCGGCGGCGGAGCGUACGGGAUGAUGCCCGUGGGCCAGGGUCAGCACCAGGGACACGUGUACGGCUAUGGUGGGUUUCAUCAGAUUGGCGAGAGAGGAGGGGGAGUUGGUGGGGGGCUUAGUGGAGUUGGUCCUGGAUCUAUUUUAAAUAGACCUAAGUAAUUAAAUCGCUAAUCCAAUUAAUUUAAUCAUUAGAAUAACCUUCUUUGAAGUGCUUUCUGCUGGAGCUCCACAUUCUCAUUGUUGUGGCCAUUGAAGGAGUUUUUGGGAAGGUAGCGUUGGUGAAAAGCUAGAUCCGACUAGAAUUGCUCCAUGGGGAAGAGUCGAAAACUAUGUCGAAUUGCGCCGACUUGACUCAAAUCUCCCCACCCUUUGACAUGUGAUUGACUUGGCUUAGAAGAAUGGAUUUGGGUAGUAGUUUCACACGACGACGACGAUGAUGGUCGUGUUUUGGCGUGGCAGUGUUGGUCGGAUGGGUGGCAAAUGGUGUAUAGUGGAGGUGAACGUUGGUGAAGUCUAUGGAUGGGGGGUGAGAAGUAGAGAAGUGAUUUGGGGUUUGAAAUUUAGGUUUGGAAGCUGAAGCAGUCGCUGUAAUGGCGGAUUAUGGGAGUGUAAAGUAAUUGUAAAACUCAAGGUGUUGGGAAGACUAAUCUAUGUAUGUAUGUCUUACUUGUGGAAGGAAACUGAGUUUUACCUGUGAAGAUUGUCUUCUCUUAAUACGUACUGGAUCACUUACCUUUGAAUUAUAUUCUGUUAAAACAAGUGUCUUGAUGGCCAAGCAAAUGCCGACGAGUGUUCAUGGUUCUUCGGGAAGAAAGGUCAAAUGCCAUCGGGGGUUGAAUUCCUCUUUGAAAGAGGGUCGAAUGUGAUGACUAUUGCCUCAUUGAAAGCCAGAUGUGUAAGGAACACUGAUUGCUGAGGCUGUGCUGUUCCAUGUUCGCGGUCUGGCCCCGUGCACAGAAACGAAUAAAAGGGCGAGAUGGCUUAGGUCACUUGAUUGUCCUGAACCGGAUCGUGAUGUUUUUCAGCAUUGCUCACCAAUCUGACAAUUCAGAGCACCGGCACUUGGAUCCUUAGUAGUCAGCAGUGAAGCUGGGCGCGCCACCAUGCUCGAUGCCUUCAAGUAACUUGAAGCGGAAUUUUCCCCGGAAGGUGUAAAGAAGGCACCAUUUAACAUCAGAUCUCUGUCUGAUCUCCAAUUCCAGUUCUUCCACUCUGAAUUUCCAGCUGUAUUUUCCCGCUUGGUCACCUAACCAAAAGAAAAGAAGAUUUAAGCAAGGUUGAAGUUGAAGCCAUAAGUGUCCUUGUGAUACAGAGUUAAUCAUAACCUAGGCAGCUUAGGGAGGCCCGGCAAUGUCACCGAGCCAUAGUUUUUGGCCAUUAAGCAGGGCCGGGUUUAAUAAACAAGAUUUAG